AUGCUGGAUUACGACGCCAUUUCCGAUCGUCGGAACGAUCGUCCUGGGAAACAUCGCAGGAAUAAUUUUGGAAAUCAAAUUGAAGAAUCAGGCGGAGAUGGAUUACUUGAAAAUGAUGCAGCUAAUCGUGAUAUUGAAGUCGUAUCUGAAAAAUGUCUUGAACAUAGUGUACUAGAUAAUUCAGUUUUAGACAAUCAUUUUCGAAGUUUAUUUAAAAUAUUUUCAGCAAUAGCACAAUUUAUUAAUCGAGCUGAAAAUGUUACAAAAAAAGCAUCAUAUCGUUUCUACUCUGGCACACUAUGUUUUAUUUUAUGGUUCUGUGUUAGUGCUAUUAUCAUUAACACGUUGGGAUUAACGGAAAAAUCAUUACUAGCAACAAGAAACAAGCAAUUGAGUCUACAGGAAAUUUUAAAAACAGAAAUGAACAAAAAAAUUUAUACAAGAUACAAGAAUAUUUGA